AUGUCGGACUACGAAGAUGAGAUGGACCUGGACGCGCCUGCGUCCAAGGACAAGUCCAUCAAAUUCAGCUCAGACAGCACAGCAGGCAAACAGAAACGAAUAGCUGCAGACCUGCCGGUGGAAGCGGAGGACAACUUACCAUGGGUUGAGAAAUACCGGCCCAACACCCUCGACGAUGUGUCCGGGCACCAAGAUAUCCUCGCUACAAUCAACAGAUUUAUUGAGCACAACCGGUUACCGCAUCUCCUCUUCUAUGGACCGCCAGGUACCGGAAAGACGUCGACAAUUCUGGCGCUGGCGCGACAGAUAUAUGGACCCAAGAACAUGAGGCAGAUGGUCCUCGAACUCAACGCAUCCGAUGAUCGUGGCAUCGACGUUGUUCGAGAGCAAAUCAAAACUUUCGCCUCAACCAAACAGAUCUUCAGCACCUCAACGCAGCAGACUCCGGGCGGGCCAAAAUUGGGUCUAGGGGCCUUCAAGCUGAUCGUUCUCGACGAAGCAGACGCAAUGACGUCCGCGGCACAAAUGGCCCUACGCAGGAUUAUGGAGAAAUACACGGCCAACACAAGAUUCUGCAUUAUUGCCAACUACACACAUAAAUUGUCUCCAGCACUGCUAUCGAGAUGUACACGGUUUCGGUUCUCGCCACUGAAGGAAGCAGAUAUCCGUCGGCUGGUGGACAAGGUGGUUUCACAAGAAAAGGUCAAUAUCACGCCGGAAGCAGUGGACUCGUUGGUCAAAUUGUCGAGAGGUGACAUGCGUCGAGCAUUGAAUGUUCUUCAAGCCUGCUACGCUGGAUCACGACCUCUCCCGAUGCGAGGGCAGCCUCCCAUUCCAGAAUCAGAGAUCAAGUAUGAGCUGAUUACGAACGACACGAUCUACAACUGCAUUGCAGCGCCACACCCGGAAGAUAUCCGCUUGAUCAUGACAACCAUGUUGAGCACGCCAGAUCUGACGGAAUGUCUAAGGACGAUCAAUGCCUUGAAGAGCAGUCGUGGUCUGGCACUUGCAGAUAUUUUGACCGCGCUGGCGGAGGAAUUGCAGAACCUCGAGGUUAGUCCUGCGACCAGAGUAACAUGGUUGCAAGGGCUCGCAGAAAUCGAGUACAGACUGGCAGGAGGCGGAAGUGAGGGUGUGCAAACUGGUGGUAUGAUUGGCGUUGUGCGGACAGGAUGCGAGUUGAUGGGAGAAAAAGGCAUUGGCGAGAAGAUGAGCGUGGAUGGGUGA